AAACAUCAUCAUGCAUGCUUUCCUGCAGAUUACCCGAGAUCCUGCACUUUGUGCGUGGUUCACAUCAACCCCGCUAAUUUCCAUCUACCAGGCGCGUUUGCUGUACAUUGCAGCAUCUCUGCUUCCUUGGAUACCCUGAAAGUGGUGAUUUAUCAGAUUUUCACCUUCGAAAUGUUUGGCAUGAACCCUACCGACGAUGCGCCAAGCGGCCGCAUUGUUAGAGUGGGCAUUGUAGGGUGUGGAAUGGUUACGCAGGUUGUUCACAUACCCACGCUCAAUUUGCUAUCCCAUCUUUUUCGGAUCACAUAUCUCUGCGAUGUCUCGGAAGAUGCAAUGAGACAUAGUCAGCUCAAGGUUGCAGGUGCCUCGAAACCUGCGACUACGAAAAUUGUUGAAGAAUUAUGCACGGCAUCAGAAGUGGAUCUAGUCAUGAUAGCAAGCCAUCAUACUUUCCAUGCAUCUCAAGCGAUAGUGGCGCUGGAGGCUAACAAACAUGUUUUCAUCGAAAAGCCGAUUGCUCUGACUCUGAAAGAUACGGAUCUGAUCAUCGACGCGGAUAAGGCAGCCGGUGGUUCCAAAGUUUCUAUUGGAUACAUGAGAAUAUAUGCCGCAGCCUUUGAAGACGCAGUAAAGGAAGUCGAAGGCAUGGGUCGGAUACGAUAUGCUCGCGUCCGAGACAUCAUUGGACCCAAUUCUGUCUUCGUAGCACAGUCCGGCACAUACCCAAGAACGUUUAGUGAUUACCGAAAGGAAGACUCGGAGGCACUGUGUACGAAGGCGCGCAACGACACCGAGCAGGCUCUUCAAACAGAACUUGGAGUUACCAUGACAGAACAGACAGAUAUGAUGUGGCAGAUGCUGUCCACCCUAGGCUCACACGACCUGAGUGCUAUGCGAGAGAUUCUCGGAGUGCCUGAAGGAGUUGUGGGCUUUUCGCCUUGUGCCACCACUGGCUCGCCAUUUUGGAGUGGGAUCUUCCAAUAUUCCAACUUUGUCGUUGCCUAUGAGUCUGGUGUCGACCAGGUCGCAAGGUUCGAUGCUUCAAUAGAAAUCUUCGGUGAUACGAAAACCGUCAAGGUGGUCAUCGAUACUCCGUUUGUGAAGGGUUUGCCGACAACCAUGGUUGUCAAAGACUCUUUGGCAGACGGCUCGUACAGAGAGUCCACGAUCCGCAGGACCUACGAAGAUCCUUUCACGCUCGAGUUAAAGGAGGCAUAUGAGUGGGUCGUGAACGGAAAGAUUCCCAAGGCAACUCCAGUGGAAGCCAGAAAGGAUGUUGAGAUAUUAGGGAUGCUGAUGAAAGCUAUUACGAAAUGA